GUGCCAAUCCGCCAUUCCCCUCGCACCGCCAGGUUGUUCCCCUUAUAUAUAUAACUGCAAACCCCACUCUCCACCACCACUGCUCUUUCUUCAACACCACACUGAGACCCGCUAUUGAUCACAAUGCACAAGUGCUCCUCCGCCUCCUCCCUCGGGCCCGGCGGCCUUGACCUCUCCAAAGCCUUCUUCGCCCCCAUCUCCGGCGGGGAGCCGCCUUCAGACACCAAACGCCCAACCAAGAUCACAGUCGUCGGCGUCGGCAACGUGGGCAUGGCCAUCGCCCAGACCAUCCUCACCCAAGACCUCGCCGACGAGCUCGCCCUCAUCGACGCCAAAGAAGACAAGCUCCGCGGGGAGAUGCUCGACCUCCAGCACGCCGCCGCCUUCCUCCCCCGGACGAAGAUCCACGCCUCCCUUGACUACGCCAUUAGCGCCAACUCCGAUCUCUGCAUCGUCACCGCCGGCGCGCGGCAGAACCCCGGCGAGAGCAGGCUCAAUCUCUUGCAGAGAAACGUGGCUCUGUUCAAGCACAUCGUGCCGCCGUUGGCAAAGUACUCGCCGGAUUGCAUAAUCAUGGUGGUUUCCAACCCCGUUGAUGUGUUGACUUAUGUGGCGUGGAGGCUCUCCGGGUUUCCGGCUAACAGGGUAAUCGGGUCGGGCACGAACUUGGAUUCGUCAAGAUUCCGGUUCUUGAUUGCUGAUCACCUGGAUGUCAAUGCACAGGACGUGCAGGCAUACAUUGUUGGGGAGCAUGGGGAUAGUUCAGUGGCGCUAUGGUCAAGCAUAAGCGUGGGAGGAGUACCCGUUCUCAGCUUCUUGAAGAGACAACAAAUUGCCUACGAGAAGGAAACCCUAGAAAACAUACACAAAGAAGUGGUGCACAGUGCAUACGAAGUCAUACAGUUGAAAGGCUACACGUCUUGGGCUAUUGGUUACUCUGUUGCUAGCUUGGCCUGGACGUUGCUGAGGGACCAGAGAAAGAUUCAUCCCGUCUCCAUUCUUGCAAAGGGCUUCUAUGAUAUCGAUGGUGGUGAGGUCUUCCUUAGCUUGCCGGCUCAACUUGGCAGAAAUGGAGUCUUGGGAGUGGCCAAUGUGCAUCUCACUGACGAGGAAGCCCAGCAGCUCAGGAACUCGGCUAAGACCAUUCUUGAGGUGCAAAGCCAGUUGGAAAUUUGAUGGAGGAAUGAUACAUCUUUCUGGUACUUGUUAAGUUUGAAUAUGUUAUAUUCAAAUGUUGGGACUUUAAUGUUUAAUAAUUUAGUAGUGUAAAUGGGUUUUGAGAGUACUAGUGAAGUAUGAUGAAAAUGUGUCGUAUGAGGUUUAUAUGAUUCAAAAGUUUGUGUUGAGGCCA